UUUUUAUAACUAUUUUAUCGAUCUCGCUUAGAUCUCGUUAGUAUAAGAAAAUCACUGUAGAUGGCUGAUACGAAGCGUCGUAAAAGGCGCCAUCGGCGCGUUCGAAAUGAAUGGGAGUGUACCAAAGAACGGUCGGCGACACGGCGGUAGACCGGCCGGCACUUCGUGUACCGUCGUCGCGUCGUACGGACGUGUUGUUCAUCGUUCUUUUCUUUCACAAGGAUCUCCUAGCACUAUGACACUCCUAAUCAAAACUUUAUCCUAAAAAAUACAUCGAUAGUGUUAUUGCCAUUUGAAAAGGAUUCAUUUUCACGGUUCUCGUUUAAAUAAAACUCGCGUUAAUUCGCCAAGGAGUCGUAUCGUUUAUCCAAAGAAUGCGAUUCGGAAGAAAGAGAUUCGAAGGAUGAUUCGAAAGUGAACGGAAGAACAGUGUCUUAUUGUCAAUUAAGUGUAAAGUGCCUGUAGAGAAUUAUCUUAUUUAAAAUAAAAAUAUUAAAAAUGGAGCCGCAAUAUUCAUCGGAAAAAGUCUCGUUUUUCAUAACCGCCAGAUGUCCCUCUCUCGGUUGGAUCACUGGCGGGAACGAUCGUUUUAUAAGCGUCGCGAACUUGUGACGGUUGACCGGUGGUGUCUCGCGUUCGAGACGACAGUGUUUCAAAUCCUAUUCUUUCGGUUCUAGUGUUAUGUGUGAAUGUGUCGGUUGAUUUCGUUUGAGAAAUCAUGCCGUUCGUGCUACGAAGAGUGGAGCCGCGUUUCUUGUGUCGCGGACACGUGCCAGCGGGAUCGACAGCCCAGGGUUGGCCAGUGGGUGCCGAAUUGGAGGCGGUAGCGAACGGUGCGCUGACCACCUCGUUGAAGCAACUCGCCUCGCUUCUCACCAUCGCCGAGGACAUCUUUGCGGAACUGACUGCCGAGUUGACCGCUGUUGCCGAUCGGAGCAGCAAUCUGCGCCAAAGGAUAGACAAGGUCGAGGAACGUCUCGCCACCGUCGACCCGAAGAAAGUACCAGUCCCGGAAUCGGAUAUUUGCACGUUCGCGACGAGGACGGAACAUUUUCACAUGGUUAACAAACCAUCGACGGCGUUGUUCACAUCGGACACCAGGCCGAAAGCCUUGAGGGAAUUGUACGAGGCUGCCGCUAUAGUCGCUGUCAGAAGUUUGGAUAGCCUGAGAAGGGAUGGCAGCUCCAUGGAUAUGUUCCUGUGCACGCCCGUCCUUGGCAAGAGAAGGCGAGACCAAAGUCUCGACAUCGAAUCCAGGAUCCCGGCCGCUAUCGAGGAUCUGCGAAGAUGGACGUCCACGGAGGCGCUCGGGGACGUUACAGUGCCGCCCGAUUGCAUGUCCAGGAUCUUGGGAGAUACGACGACCGACGACGCCGUCGAUCACAAGCUUCCCAGCCCCGAGGAACAGGUCCAAGCCAUCGCUCUCAAAUUCCCGGCGGAAAUCGUGGCGGUGGACGUAAGCGGAAGAGGAUUCGAGAGAAUGUCGACGAGGAGAAGAUCUCUGCUGUCCGGCCCGGAGAGCCAAGAGACAGCGGUGAAGAGGCGAUCGCGGCCUCGAAGGCCCAGAGGAAAAAGACGAAACACGAUCGCUGGCACCGAUCAGAAAGAAAUUCGACAGGCUAUAGGAGGAGAAACGACCGGAGAGGAGGCGGAGGAGACGAUAUCGAACAUGGGAUCGAGAGCUCAUCGAUCAGCGAGCACGGACAUAUUGGGUUCGUCGAAGAAGGACUCGCCCGCGGAAAAGAAGUCUCACUUCAACACGUUGAAGGCGUGGGGUAUGUCCAGAUUGAAACUGAUCAGCCCGAAAUCGAGCCAGCAACAGCAGCAGCAACAACAGCAGCAGCAGCAACAGCAGCAGCAGCAACAACAGGAGCAGCAACAGGAGGGGACAGAGAGGCGCAGGAAGGACAAGUCUCACGAAAGGAAGCCGAGCUCGUCGAGCUCGAGCGGGAAGAGCACCUCGAGCAUACCUGUAUCCGUGCCGAGCGGCGAGAGACAACCGAGCGUGAAAUUGCGCGAAAGCGCGGCCCAAAGGAGGGAAAGACGAAAGGGAGGAAGCAGGGACGAGCCGCCUCAUUCCAGUUCUGGAAACUGGAGUGCGUCCUCCGAAAGCGGAAGGGCGAGUAUCGGAAGCGAGACGACCACCACCACGCACCAGCCGAGAUCGACGACGACAGCUUCGAUUGGAACUUCCUCGACGUCAUUGAGCCACGUGAGGCGUUUCAAAGGACGAGACACGUCGACCUCGUCCUCCGUGACUUCGGAGGGCACGCUGACCCCGGAUAUUAUACAGGAUAUAGCCGUGGUACCGUUCUCGGACGACGGCGAGACGUCGUCCGUGUAUUCCUGCGACACGGAGGGUUAUUACACCUCGUUCCACGUGGACUCCGGGUUGAAAACGUUGAGGGAAGAGGAUCCCGUCCCCCAGUGUCCAUUGAUGAAGUCGAACGACGUCAGCUCCGAUCCUACCUCACCCAUCAUCGAAAACGAGUACGAACUGUUCGGAAGGGGGUCCACGUCGACGACCACCAGCUCCGCGGGCACAGUCUGUACAGCUUUAAUGGCGCCACCCCCGCCUGAAAGAAAAUCUAGCCUUACCGUUGUUGCUAUGGUUCACGGGCCGAAUCAAAAUGGCGGCGAGUCACCGGACAGCGGCCACAACACCUCGUCAUCGCCCGUGGAAUCGGCCUCGAGCCCUGCCUGCACGGGAAGGUCGUGCUCGGAAUUCGAGUACUCCGAGUCGAGCGAUCUCGAGGGGUGCGAGAGGAUCGAGAGGAUCCGUUCGAAGACCGCGAUCAACACGAGCCGUAUACCGUCCAUGUGCGUGAUCACCCCUCNNGGCUCGGACGACGAGCAGCAGCACGCGAGGGACACGGAGCAGGCGAGUAAAAAGGCGGAGGGGAGGAAGGGCGAUCUUCAAGCGGGCGGAUCGGUGCUGAUGUCGGCAACGGUCGGCACCUCGAAGAUGGAGGUGAUCAACGGCCAGGACAAGAACCUGUACGCGACGAUCCAGGUGCUGCCCUCGCCCACGAGCGAGAAGGCGGCGACCAUCGUUGGCCAGAGUCAAUCGACCAAGAUCAGCCCGUUGAGCGGCGUUCUGGGCAAGCUUCGUGGCGUGCUUCCGGGGAGAAAGCACGUGUUGAAGGGCGGCGUGCAGGAUCAUCAUCAGGGGGGAGGAGACUCCGGCGACUAUGUAACCAUAGCCGACGUGAGAAAUAACAACGACAAGCGGCAGGAUUCGGCUUCCUGCCCGACGCCCGCCCGUUCCCCCGUCACCUAUGCCAACUCGGACAUAUUCAAGAAGGACGCGGAAUACGUGAGCUUGAGCGAAUUGCCUAAGAAGCCUGAUUCGUCGUUGGAGAGGAAGAGGCAGGGCGCCAGGGUCACGUUGGACUCGGAAGGCAAGGUUGUUUACUCGUCCGACAGCUUGAAGAGGAGGAAGGGGGCGCACACUACGUUUAAUCCAGGUCCGUUCGUGAGAGAGGGCGUGUCACCUAGCCCAUCCCCCCUGCUGCACCGCGCGACCCCCAACUUUUCCGGGGAGAAAUCGUCCAAGAUCUGCAGAACCCCCUCCGAGGAGUUGCAAGAGGAGUUGUUGAAGGAGAGGAUCAAUUAUCCCGAAACGAUCUCCAGCCCCGAACCUCCCCUCGAUGGGAACGUGAACUUCGACAUGAACGUGACCAUCUCGAUUCCCAUUGCGAGUGUUUGCAAAAGCCCUAGGCCCAGACCCACCGACAUCGAACCCGCGAGGGUGCUUAAAUAUUCUGGGAACGACACCGAAAUUUGCUGCGAAGAGGAAACCUUGUCGCUAGACAGGCGGUCGCCGGCUUCGAUAGCCUGUGAGAGAGAUUCGAUCGUGAGAGGAGCUCGUGGUAUUCUAGAUUUGACAGUCGGCGGGGGAAUUACACAGUUGCAUCCCAAUAUGUUGGCGAGGCAUCUUCUUUUUAUUGCGACCAGACGACACCACAACACGCUGUUGGCGAUAGACUCGGUACCUCCCCACGGCUUGGUCCAACCGCCGCCUUACAUUUCACCCCCCAAUUCCGAGCAGUGUCGAAAGAAAGAGAGGAUCCAAGAGAUCUCCAACAACUCCCCCCACAAGAUUCAGAAUGAAAAGCAGCAAACUUGCGGGCGACAAUCAUCGGGCAACAACCCCGUCACCAAGAUUCACGAUCCCAGGCGGAACCUGUACGACGCCAACAACAAGCUAAUGUUCGACCAGGCUAACGAUUUGCAACGCGUUCGCGACCCCCGUCGCAUCGUGGACAUGAGGAACGCGAGGAAUCAGCAAUACUACGCGCCGCCAAAGGACUCGAACCAACAAUUCUACACGUUACCCUCGAGAAGGCCGCAGAGGGAUGUCGAGCCGCCUCGUAGCGUCACGCCGGAUAUCACGAGGGGUCUUGGACGAGGGGGCUCCCUCGGCACGAUGCACGUGCUCGCGAGGCACGGGCACAGGGCCAUGAUGGAGCAGGAUUCUAAUCGGUACGGCUCGCAGGCGGAGUUGAACAAGAGGAACUCGGAGGCGGAGAACAGGUUGAUGCAGAAUCACGAGCAUUCGUCGAUUGUGGAUAUCAGAAAUAGAUUCGCAACACCAUUAGGGCUGACAGCGCUUGGGUAUCGAUUCUUCGCGUCCUCGCCCGUUCGUGAUCCCGUUACGAAGUCUCCUAGUGCUGAUGCGUUAAAGUACAAUCCAAUUUCACCGAUCGGGCACGGAUACGGUAACAGUUUCAAGUCGUCGACGCCUACCGGCCGCAGUAUGCCAACUGUUGCCGAACGUCUGGCACUCACCGCCAACAACAAUUCCUCCUCCUCCUCCUCGAUGCCCAAUUCCGGUAGGAGCACCCCCGUCCAAACCUCGUCGGGAAGGAGCACGCCCACCAAUCUGAUCCUUUCGCCGACCAAGAGCACGAUGUCCAACGAGGAAUUGUUCGCGGCGAUCCACAAAUCGAAGAAGAGGUUGAACAUAAGGGACGAAAGUGAAAAUCUCUCGCCUUACGGAUCGACAAACUCGUUGGUGAAGAUGACGAUCGGGAACAAGAACGAUUGGGGCACGGAAUUGCAGAAAUCACCAGCGGUUACGCAGACGUCCAACCAACCGGCAUCGCCAGCCACAUCUCGCCUCGACUUCAAACGGCUUCUCNNGCAGCAAAGCGUGAAGACCGGGCCGGCGAGGCUGUCGGCGGCCGAACAGCUGAAGUUAUCGCGGCAGCAGUGCCAGCAGCAGCAGCAGCAGCAGCAGCAGCAGCACCAACAACAACAGCAACAAUCGUCGUCCGGUGUCCAGCAAACAGCGUCCCUAGCCAAAGUUCUGAGCCCGCGCUCGAUAUGGAGGUUUCAAACGCCGCGCACGGACGUGCUCUCGUCCACGAUCAUCGAGGACACGGCGGCCGAGGAGAAAGCCAUGAAACCGUCGCCCGAGAACGCCUCGCCGGUGUCGAGAGUGAACGCGAGGCGACAACUCGAUCUCUGCAACGAUCUGCCCGACGAGGAGGCGCGAGUCGCCGACAAGCGGCCGAUCCCCCUCAAUGUCGCGUGCGACGAGAGGAGGGCGUUGAACGAGGCCGUUGAUCGCUCGAAAUCGGAAGCGUCCGACUCUCCCAACGGCCGAGGUGAAGAAACGGAGAAUUGCACGGACGAUUCCGCGUCGACGAUCCCUUAUCCGGUGAAUUGCGCUCAGCUCACUCCCUCGUGCCAGCAGGCGAUAAGCGCCUUCGAGUCGAGGAGGAUCAGCAAUCAGCUCGCAAGGGCCCAGUUCUUGGCCGGCACGCCGACGGCACCCGCUCAAGGGGGGGCAAACACCGCUUACGCGAAGACGAUUUUCCGCGCUAGGUCCGAGUCCCCUCAGAAUACCUCGAUGCAGAGCGUGGCGCGUAGCCCCAGCGUACCGACCUUGGAAACCGCUCUGUGAUCGUCCCUCUGCCAUUCCAAUGAUCGUGCGUCUCGGUUAUUGUAUCCGGGGACCGGAUUCUCCAUCG